GUAGGUGAUGAUCCUUCUGGAGCUGAGAUGGCUCUGGUCUGAUUGUAUUACAUCUGUCAGCAAUGAUAGUCUGGGUGACUGUGCUUGAGAGGGUUGUAGAGGCACCCCUUCCUGGGAGCCAGUAGACUCUCCAAGGUAAUCCUGGAAGUGGAUAUGGACUCUGAUCCUCCCCCAGGAAAAUCAUGCCUAGCUGGGCAUCAAGAAAAAUUGCUCUGAUCUUAGAGCAGAUGACAAACCACUGGCUUACAAGAUUACUACUGCUCAGCUAGCAUUGAUAGCACACAGUCCUUGCUGUGCCAUGUGGAUGGCAGCAGAGGGGCUAAGCUCAGUUUGUUUCAGAAAGGAUCCUGGCAGGCAGCUAGAAAAAUGCAGGGAGGCAAGUAGAGGAUAGAUAGAAUUUUUUGCUAAUGCUGUUCCAGUUCCUGGUGGUCAGUGACCCCCCUGCUGUUCCUGAGUUUAUUCCCUAAGUGCUCUUUCCCUUUGGUCAGCUUCGUAUGAGGGACUUCACCUCUCUGAUGUGGUUCUGCCCACAAGAGCAUGGCUCAGCUUGAGCUCUGGUGGGAUGAAAGAGGCCAGCAGCUCUGUCUGUCCCAGGGCUUUGAAGCUUGUGUUUUGAGGGGAAUGAGUCAUGGGAUGCUGGAGCUCCCGGCCCCUGGGUGACUCCCAUCAGCUCCCGAGCUCAACGUCAGUCAUGAUUUCCAAAGUACCUAGCCACAUCAGAGAUGCUCCUUUGCUGUGUGAGCUCCUCUUGUGACAGCCGCUGUAACUGCCGAGCGUUUCAUUCAACCUGUGCGCAGAGCACGGGCACCGUCACAAGUCAGCGCGGCAGCAGAGGAGCACCAGCUUUGCUUUUCCGAGGUGACGGUGCAGCUUUACAGGGUCUCGGGGUGCUGGGUCCCGCUUUAGCUGUUGGCUGAAUUUGCAGAGCCUGCUGCCGUGUUCUCUUUCCCUCCUCUGGUCCUGCCCAGGCUGCUGGCUCCGUCGUCGGUUGCUGCCGGGGAUGCUCCAGGCUGGAUGGAGCUGACUGCACUUCGGCAGCAGCAGCGGCAACAAAAGUUUCAGUACUCUUGGGAUCACUGGGACAAGGCUGAGCAUCAUUAUUAACCCCUUUGUUGUUAUUCUCAUUAACAACAGUAUUAAUUCAGUUCUUCUGAGGCCUCAGUUUCUCUUUUCUUCUGACUCUAGCAUCUCCCCACCGUGCCGCCGGUUUCCCCGGCUGCUAGCAGGAAGCAGUGAGUCUUUUCUUUCCAGGGCAAUGACAGGUUUCCUGUGGCAGGUGGUUUUCUGGUUAAAGACGGCGGUUAUUCAGCGCGCCCUCCCCCCGCCCGGGGGGCCCGGGAAGCGGCCGGUGCGUGAGAGGGAGCGAGAAAGCCUGGGCGGGAGCACGCCGCAGUCACUUCUCGAGAGCGAGGACUUGGAGAGGCAGAACGCUGCGCUGCGCCGGGAGAUCAAGCAGCUGACGGAGGAGAUGAAGCACUUUACCUCGAUGCUGAGCUCCCACGAACCGCUCUGCUCCAUCCUGACGUGCCCGCCGCCGCCUCCAGAAGUGCUUUACGCCACACACUCCUUCCACCAACCCCAUAUCAGCUCCCCACGCUUCCAGCACUGAGCCAGCCAGUGGGAUGACAGCCUGCCAGCUCCACCGACUGCAAGAAGCAACUUCAUGGGGCUCACUUUUCCAUCCAAGGGAGAGGGACAGAUGGAUGGACGGACGGACAGACAUCCCUUCCUAAAGUGUGUACUCUGAGUGACUUGCCUAAGAUCUUCUCCCUGUGCAGAAACGGCAGAGCCACCGAGAGGCAUCUUCAGGCAGUUUCUAGCUUGGAUCCUGGGAAGAGGAGGCAUUCACAAAAGGGCAGCAACCCCUUUCCCUGAUGCUUGCUUGAGGAUGCUUGCAGGAUUAUGUGGCACUGGCAGCCUCCAUGCAAGUGCCUGGCUGCAGCAUGCAACAGCUGGAGCUCCAGGGAGAGGAACCGGAGUGGGGCAGACGGGAAAGUUGGGGGCUACAGAGUUCUAGGGCAAAACUGGUUUAUUUUUGUAAAAUAAAGAUUGAAAAUGCUUAA